CCUUGGGGCACUCCGCUUGAAACCGGCUGCCAACUAGACAUGGAGCCGUUGAUUGUUACCCGUUGAGACUGACGAUCUAGCCAGCUUUCUAUCCACCUUACAGUCCAGCGGGAUGCCCUGCUGGCAGGUCUCACCCGUUAAGACACCAGACUCCCCAAGGAAGGAGAGUCCUGGGGAAAGCCAGAGCUCAGCAGAGAACUUCUCAAUGCUUCCCUGUGUGUGCAUUUACUAGUGGAAUUGCCCCCCCAUCCUUUUCUCCCAGGCCUGCUGCCAGCGAUUUGGAGGGGGGAGGCUUCUCAGCCUGGGAGAAGACAAACCAGCCCAGCUGAAGAUGGGAAAAACCUAUUGGUUCCCCUGGCCCUUCCCCAGUAGGGGAGUGGCUGAAGACUGUCUGUUCCCAUCACACCCCAGUGCCUUCUCGGCACUCAUGCUGUGGCCAGCCGGGCUGCCCUUUCCCCAGAGACUGGGCUGCAGGAGGGAAAGGGCACAACCUGCCGAAUGCCAAAGGAGGUGAUUACAUUGGCAGAGGAGCAGUUACUCCCCUGGCGAAUCCGGGGAUCCGGUCGUCAGUCUGCAGAGAGCGCUGUCAUGUGAGGCUCCGGCCUGUCCUGGGGGAGAGCGGAGGAUGAGCCCCGUGCCCCCGUCUGCAGCGUCGCCCGGCUGUUGUCACGCGGUACAGGCUGACCCCGUUCCGACCCGCCACCGGCACCGAGCGGAAGGAUGAACGCUUCCGGGGAUGCAGAGAGCAUCCGGAGGUGCGUCAUCUGGCUCUCAGACCCACUCUCGCUCGUCAUCAUCCUGGCCAACCUCUUCAUCAUCCUCGGGAUCCUCCGCAACCGGAAGCUGCCCAGGGCCGCCAGUUGGUUCUUUCUCAGCCUCCUGUUUGCUGAUCUCCUGGCCGGGGUGGCCCUGCCCUUCAUCCCCAGGAUGCAGUGUGAGAAUAACCGGGGCUACCACAGCUGCUUCUUCGUUCAUGUGACCCCCAACUACUUCUUCCUCGCCUUCCUGGCCAACCUGCUGGCGGUGCACUACGAGAAGUACCUGUGCAUCCGCUACCCGCUGCACUACCACCACUUCUGGGUGCACCGCUGGGUGCCCCUCUGCCUGCUGCUGACCUGGGCACUGCCUUUGCUCUUUGCCUGCCUGCCGGUGCUGGGGUGGAACCAGUGGGGACCCAACUCCAACUGCUCCUACAAACAGAUCUUCCCCCCUGCCUACCUCUACCUGGAGAUCUACGGCUUCCUCAUCCCCUCCAUCCUGGCCAUGGCCUUCAUGUCCACCCAGAUGCUGCGGGUGGCCAGGCACCAGCUGCAGGAGAUCAAGAAGGUGCUGCGCUCCGUGCACCAAGGCCAGGGCCCCUCGGAGCUGGAGCAGCAGCUGGAGCUGAGGCACGCCAAGUGCAUCGCCAGCCUCUUCCUGAUCUUCCUGGUGUGCUGGGUGCCCUACGUGGCCGGCCUGCACGUCUCGGUGCUGGCCAUCCAGAACCACAUCUCCAUUGACAAAUACACCCUCCUCAUCCUCACCUGCGUGGGCAGUGGCAGCGCCGCCGUGGUACCCAUCAUCCUGGGGCUUAGCAACCGCCAGUACACCCAGUUCUGGAGGGACGUGGCGGCCAAGGGCUACGCUGGCUGCAGGGCGCGGUGCUGCGAGCGAGGGGAGGCCGGACGCCACCAGGAUGGGACGUCACAGAGCAGGGCCCCCUGUCCUCCGGCAGAAGGGCUGGCUUCAGCUCCCAGCUGAUGUCCUGGCCCCUGCGAUGGAGACGCCAAACCUGCGACCGUGGCCUCUUGCCACAACAAGACAAGGCUGGGAUUCACUGGAGAUGCAGCCGCUGGGGGGUCAACGUGGACCUUCCGGAGGGAUCCAGUGAUUUACUGGGCCGUUAUAUUUUAAUGACUGAGGUGGGUAGGUAACCUCAUCCUCCCCCGCCCACACACGGAGGCUGGGCUGGUCAUUGCUGUUUUCUGCACUUUGAUUGGUCUAAAGAGCAAGCGUGGGUCUCAUGCUCCGUCCAAUCAGAUGUCGGUACGUUCGUUUUUCAAAGCAGGCCGUCGAUUCCGUGAACGAUCUCGGCUUCUGAGUGGCCGGUUCCUCACUACACGAUCCACCCUCCUGCAACCGGAUUGGCUGGGGUGGCUUCCAUCUGGUGUGCUUCCAUCCCACGACGAUGCUCAUCAGUUAUAUUUGUCCCCCGGGGGUAAGACCUGAGUUUCUGGGCUGGUGUGGGACCCGAUCCUGCCAGGGUCUAAAGGGUGCCCUGACCUCUCAGGGUCAGGGCCGCCAGCAUUCUCAGAUCCUUUGCUGAGGUUAACCCCGAGGUGAAUGUGUGACGUCGCUGCGCCCCGUGGGUGCAGACUACAGGGCGACGUCUGAGGCCCUCUAUUCUUGCUGCCAAUGGGGCUGGGAAUUCCUGGGGCCCCAGUACCCUCGCUGGUGCAACUUGAAGAGACUCCCUCCCUCCAAGUGCGAUUAGACG